CAACAGAAUGACAGACGAGACAAGGAGGUCAUAUUGAAACUGAAAGUAAACGUGCUGUAUAAAUACAGCUGCCGUACGUGUUCACCCCGAAGAGUGGACAGAGGAGCAGUGUGUUACAUUCCAGUUACCAGAUAGCCACCAGAAGAGGAAACAGGAAAAUGGGUUAUGGAGACAUCAUGAGGGUUCAAACUUCUGGAGCUUCAUGGCAAACUGCUAAACAGGACAGGCUGGGAUACUCCGGUGAGCGUGCAUCACACACCAUGGCAAAGACUGACAGGGACAGAAUGAAUAUGUACAAGUCAGCAAUCGUCAGAGUGGGAAACGCACAUGAAAUCGAUCCAGCUCUCAUCGCUGGCAUCAUCUCCAGAGAGUCCAGGGCUGGAAAUGCACUGGUCGGAGGCUGGGGAGACCACGGCAAAGCCUGGGGACUGAUGCAGGUUGAUGUUACUCCAGGUGGAGGUGGACACACCCCUAAGGGUGACUGGAACAGCGAGGAACACCUCCACCAAGGAACUGAGAUCCUGGUUUAUUUUAUCAACCGGAUCCGCCAGAAAUUUCCCGGCUGGAGCAGAGAGCAGCAGCUGAAAGGAGGGAUAGCGGCCUACAAUAUGGGGGAUAGAAACGUGCACUCCUAUGACAACGUGGAUGAAAACACAACAGGGAAAGACUACUCCAAUGAUGUUGUUGCCAGAGCUCAGUGGUACAAAAGCAACGGCUUUUAACAGCUGAAGCUGUUCACAACUAAAGUUUCUGAGGGAUCCUCCUGUGACUCAUAAAUGAAACACUGUAAUGUGUGUCUUAUGUCAAAACUUACAUUGCAUAAACAUAACAUAGAGCCAAAACAAACAUGACUUCUUUGUUCAUUUAGCUUAGUUGUCAUGAUUUCUGUCUCAGCCCUGUUUAUUGGCCUCCCUGUCAUACUCAUCCAACCAAUGUUCCCAUACCUUCUUCCUGUUUCCAGGUCCACCUGCUUAUCCACUGUCCACUGUGUUUGCCUUUGGGCUGCUAACACUGUAGACUCCUCUUCCUGCUACCUGUAUGUAGUAAUCUGUUGUUUGUACCUGUCUGCCUGCACUCUGUGCCAGUUACAGUCAGGUGCCAUUUCUUGUAAAUGAGGUUUCCUUUUUUCUCCUCCUUUUCCUCUAAAGCAGAGGAGGUGGGGCUUCUGCUGGGGGAGAAUAUACAUUAAACACACCCAUCCUGCAGGGUGAACAGAGGGUCAGUGUGCAACAGCACUGCUGGUGAUAGCUCUCCAUCGAGUUCUCAUUGCUGGCAUCAUCUCCAGAGAGUCCAGGGCUGGAAAAGCACUGGACAGAGGCUGAGGAGACCACAGUAAAAACCUGGAGACUGAUGGAGGUUUAACAACUACUAUUGUUUUACUCACAUUUCCCCAGUAGAGCCUCAUGUUACAAGGAGGGUCCAACCCAUUUCAAGCCAUUUCAUUCUGGGACAGUGAGGAACACCUCCAUCUAGAUCUUGGUUGAGUUGAGUGAAAAGAUACAGGAGAAAUUUCCCAGCUGGAGCAGAAAGCAGCAGCUGAAAGGUUUGUUUUACUGAAUCAGUCGACUUGUACAUGUAUCAACCUUCUUCACACUUUGUUUGCUGACUUUCUCUUUUAUUAUUUCUGCACGAGGGAUAGUAGCCUACAGUAUGGGGGUUUGGAAACGCCCACUCCUAUGAUAAAGUGGAUAAAAACACAACAAGUGGAAACUACUCCAAUGAUGUUGUUGCCAGAGCUUAUAUGGAGUUUGACAACUGAACAAAAAAUCUCUGAAACUUAAGCUAAAUAAACACAACACAAAGCAAAAGAACAAAUUAUACAUCUAUGUAUUGGGCUCAGUGUGAACUCUUGCUGUGAUAAAUUGUGGAAACUGUGGACUGCACUGCUUCUGGAUUUAGAUCAUUUAGCUGACACUGAUGAUGCUUUUAAAGUGAGAGAUGUUAUGAAAUCAUGUAGUGUCACCUGUUUGUGUUAAAGCUAUAAUUCUACACUGUUGAAUCAGUUCACUGUAGAAGUUCAGCUGCACAUAAACAUUGGAGUUCUGCCCUUUUUUAUACAAUAUAUUUUACUAACUCGUCA